UGCCAGGCUGCUCCCCAAUUUUGGGGUGCUCUGGAGCAGGGCACAGGCUGUCCCACAGCCAGGGGUGCCGCGGUGAGGGCUGGGCAUGGUCCCCACGGCGGGACACGGGAUGGAGUCGGCCACAUGGCUGCAAUGCCAGGCAGGAAYGGGAGCGAGCCGCGUCUGGACAAAAUCCUGCAUUUCUGGAGCGGYUGGGAAGCAGAGGGAAGCAAAGCCAGGGACGCGCUGUGGGUCUGGGGAUGGGCGAGGAUGGGGCUGGAGUGGGAUUGGGAUGGAGGGCUGGCAGUGCCYGUGGUGCCAGGCCCUGCUCACGGCCCUGCUUUGGGCUCUGCUUGGCCCUUCCAUGGCUGUGGCUGCUCCUCAACUCCRCUGGCUGCCGGGGAAUUGAUACCGUCCCCGUCCCGGGACCCCUUUCCCGCCGAGGGGCCCCUGUCUGCRGUGAAGGGGAGGAUGAAGAGGCUCAUCCCAGCCCUCCAAACCCUUCAUUGUCCCAGUGCUGGUCAGUGCUGUGACCCCACAGCCGCAGCAGUGCCCGUGGGGAACCGGAGGGUCGGGGGUCCGGGGGUACCUCCCACCUCCGCCGCCGUUUGUUUGCUCUGGAUUAAUGGAAACCAGAUUGUGCAGCCGGGAAAGAGCCUGGAAGUGAAAUCCUGCUGCUGGAGUCCCUCCCGGUCCCCUGCACGAUUCCCAACAAUGGGCUCGGCCAUGGGAGCGUGGCUGCUGCUCCUGGUGCUGCUGGCGGUGGCUCCGGCGCAGGCGGCGGCCCCCCGGCACCGCCCGGUGCUGCCGGACACCGCGGGCAGCGGGGACGGGGAAGAGGCGUCAGCCACGCUGCCCGUCCACCCAGUGACCCCCCGGAUCAGCCCCACAGUGGGGGACAUGCCAGGGACCACGGUGACCAACAGCUCGGCGCCGGGCGUGCUGGACGGGCUGGUGGACUUCUUCAAGGAGUACCUGCUGCUGGUGGUGGUGGUGGGCUCGCUGUCCUUCGUGCUCCUCUUCAUCAUCUGCGCCGCCAUCAUCGUCCGGCAGAAGCACAAGGCCUCCGCCUACUAUCCCUCCUCCUUUCCCAAGAAGAAAUACGUGGAUGAGCGGGACAAGUCGGGGGGAGCACGGGCGUUCAGCGAGGUGCCCGAGAAAGCGGCCGAGGCCGGCGAGGAGGAGCUGCUGGAUGGUGGCCGGCAGCUCCAAGCGGACAUCCUGGCUGCUGCCCAGAACCUCAAAUCCCCCCCUAAAGCGCCGCUGGCCAACGGGGCCCGGCCCGAGCAGAAUUCCCCUCAGGAGGAGGAGGAAGAGGAGGAAGGAAGGAAGAAGUUGGGGGAUGAGCAAUCCAAGCCCCCUGCCCAAAAUCUCGGCGCGGAGGAAGCGGCGGGUGCAGCGGGAGCAGGAGGAAAGGAGACCCCCGAUGCACCCCAGGAUGGCUCCCCGUCCCCCUCUGGAAUCUGAGGAGGGACACGGUCCCGGGCGAGCCUGAGGAGCUGCCGGCUGGGGACGCACGAUGGACAGGGUGGAUCAGGCUCUGUACGUACGUGGUGGCUCGAGGAAGCCCCGAUGAAGAUCCCGUUCCCCCCAAUUCCCCCAGACCCUCGUGCUGAUGGGGGGGGUUUGCCAACGGUUUUCCCCAGUGUUGGAAUGCCGUCAGCCCCGGUUCUGCUGCCCAAGGGGCUUUUCCCACCACASGAACUGGGUGGGUGCAUCCCCCAGCUCCAGCUCUGCCCCCAGCUUUCUCCCAAAUGUUGUUUUAAUAAUCAGCAGUAUCCUGGUCYGUGCUGGGUGCCUGGCUGGGAGCUGUGUCCCUCUGGGAAGAGGGAUGGGACCAGGACUGGAUGUCUGUAGGACAUGGGUCAGCUUUGCCCAUGGCCACUCGAGGGGGGAGGGAUGAGGAUUUAAGGRCAAGGACCCUCCUUUCUUUCUUUCACCCCAGAGCCCAGCUGGAUUUUUGCCUCAUUUUCUGAACCCCUUCAGCUAGAAAUAAAUGUUUUCUCCG